AAUCGGAGGCAAAUUGUAAAUCUGAAGUCCCGUUCUGGUAUUGCUGCUCUCUCUUGUGUUAGUGUUUGGGACGGUGAUUUGAAAGUUUGCUAUAUUGACCUGGACAAAGCCAGAAGAAACAAAAUGAAUCUUUUAGGACGUGUUGGGAUGGUUUUUCUUGUUGUUAUUAAUAUUUUCUUUAUGAUCGCUGGAAUUGCACUGCUAAUUGGUGGAGCGAUCAUGAAUGAAAAAGGUGGAGCAUAUGCAGCACAAUAUAUGCCUUUGCUGGAAAAUAUUUCCAUCGGAUCAUUUAAAAUGGGAAGUCUUGUAAAGGCUCUUGCUGGAUUCGGAGUUUCUCUUGGACUCUUUGCCGUGGUUGUGGCUAUCAUUGGAAUAGCUGGUGCAAUAACACGGAUGAGACUUCUACUAAUAAUUUACGGAGCAAUCAUCAUAAUUAUUUUGCUGCUGGAAUUUGUUGCUUUGGGAGGAUGGUUCACUUUCAAACACGAGAUGGUUGCCUCCAUCAAAGACCAGAUGCUGAAUUUGAUCCAGAGAUACGACGGAAAUGCCGCAAACCAGCUAACUCGGGCCUGGAACUUUCUGUUCUUGACUUUCCAUUGCUGCGGAGUAAAUCCAGUCAUUCUAGGAAACGAUUUUGUAAGCAGCAUCUGGUGGCUAAAUCCUCUCAGAGGACAAUCUAUCAUACCAGGUCAUUGCUGUGUGGGAGCGGAUCCAAAUACUGCCGAUUUCAACAUCAAUCAAAUCUGUACCAUCAAUCCGUCAACAGUGACCGCUUAUAUCGACAGGGGUUGCUACAAUGAGAUGUCUAACAUUAUGAACCCAUACAGCAGUACAUUCAUUGCUACUGGAGUCGUGCUUGUGAUUAUCGAGAUCAUCGCAGUCAUUGCAGCAUUUGGAAUUCUGGGUCAGCUGAAAAAUGAUGUCGAAUAUGAAGUCAAUGAGAAAAAACGCGACAGAACAGCGUGA